UCAGAAGGUGUGACGUGAAGGCAAUUACCGCUCAGAUUCUCACAGAGGUCUGAGGGACAAGACAGCGCCCGCUUAUCACGCACACUUCUGCAAAACAACACCAGUCCUUAUCUGAGACAAGACUUGUAUUAGCUUGUCGUCACUCUAAUUAACGCAUCACUGAACAACAUGAAUCUACUCAUACUGGCGACUCUGUUCUCUGUGGUUUUGGCCGAAAAAUCACCUCGGCUGAAAUUUACCGUGAUGGAAUCACCUCGGUUUCGCUUCAUGAAACCGGAGAACUACACGGCGGUUUACCACCAACAGGAAACUGAUGUCCUGUAUGUGGGGGGCCAAGGGGUCAUCUAUAAGCUCAGCUUCAGUGAUAAAGGAGUGCAUGACACACAGAUCCCCGUGGUAAUGGAUAAGAAUGCAAAAGAGAUGUGUGUCUCUAAAUCACCAGCAUGGAAGCAAGAGUGUGAUAACUUCAUUACAGUAAUUGAGAAAGUCGGUGAUUCGAUCGUGGUGUGUGGGACAAGAGCGGGUUCUCCUAAAUGUUGGCUCCUGGUAAAUGACAGUGUACUGACGGACAUGCCGGCGGAAACAGUAGCAUCUAACAUCUUGGCACCUUUCCCUUCUCAGCGCUCCAUCAGUCUGUCAGCAGAUGGGAAUCUGUACUCUGCUCUGUCAGCGGUUGCAGGACAGACUGGCUCUAUCCGUCGCACAUACGGCUCCAAAAAGCAGCUGAAGACAGAGAAUAAAUGGCUACAGAAUCCCCAGUUUGCAGGAGCCGCUGUGAUACCACACAGAGAGAAACUCAAAGACGAGAUCUAUUUCUUCUUCAGUGAGGUCAACAGUACAGCCAGUCUAGAUGAAGAGCCAUACAGGGCUCGGAUAGGACGAGUCUGCAUGGUUGAUGAGGGAGGGCUUCAGAAUAUGCUGCCCAACUCCUGGACUACAUUCCUGAAGGCACGUGUGAUGUGUGGGAAAGCGGGAACUCCUGUACAGUACAACAACUUCAAACAGGCCUUCGUUCUGACCUCUCAUCUCCGCACUGGGUUGUUAUACGGCCUCUUCUCCAAUGCCUGGAACACCACUGUAGUGUGUGCAUACUCCAUUGAAGACAUUGACAGAGCCUUUUCUACAUCCAAACUGAAGGGCUACAACUCACCUUUGACGAGCCCUCGUCCUGGAACGUGUGCUUUCAGGAACAACACUCAGGCUCAUAACCAGAAGAUCCUGACUGUAAUCAAGGAUCACCCUGAGAUUGAGGACAUGAUCACCACAGUUGACGAAACUCCUCUGGAACUGCCAGUUCAUGACCACUUCACACAUAUUGUGGCAGACACAGUCUUGGCUGUCAAUGAUGAACACUACAGCAUCAUUUAUCUGGGCACAGAAAAGGGUAAAGUCCUGAAGGUGCUCCAUACCAUAGAAGGAGCCUUUAUCAUAGCACAGUACUCUUUAUUCCACGAUGAUAGUCCCAUCAUUAACAUGGCUAUUGACUCUAAAAAGGGUCAUCUCUAUAUUGGCACAGAGCUUGAAGUGCAGCGCCUCCCCCUGGCUGACUGUGGUCGCUACGGAGUCAGCUGCCGGGAAUGCAUCCUUUCACGAGAUCCAUAUUGUGCGUGGGACGUGUCCAACAGGAAGUGUACUGCAAUCUCAGCAAACUCCAGCAUUAGCACUGGGACCCUUAUUCAGACCCUUGACCACUCCAGUGCCUCGGUCUGCGGUGAUGCUACAGCUCAUAAGGCACGUAGCACCAUCCCCAAACAAGUUUUAGUGGACAAAGAUGGACCGGUCCUGCUACCAUGCCCCGUGCGAUCCUAUCAUGCCACUUACCGCUGGGAGAAAGACAACUGCAUCAAGCAAUAUCCUUGCACCAUCUCUGGCUCCUCCUGUGUUCUGGCACCCACCCCUGACCUGCCUCUGAAGGAGGGCGUGUUCCGCUGCCUGGCGGAGGAGAAUGGUCUGCAACAGGAGGUGGUGUCCUACAAGCUGGUGUUCAACGGUGGGCCCCUCUCCACCUCGCUAGCCUCCACCCUGGGGUCGGCUCUGCUGCUGGCUGCUGCGGCACACUGGCUCCUGUAGAUCCAAUGAACCCUGAGGGGUCAGAAGAAAAAGGAGUUUUAUACUAAGGUCAGCAGAGCAUGAGUACCUAGACCGGUCCAACUAAACUGCAGGGGAGCAGCUGGUCUCUGUAUUAACUGUGUUUCUUGUUUCUUAUUCGGAGCAAUUCUUUUCUUUGAAGGGCCGAGAAAAUGCCUGAAAUUGUCUCAUUUUGCAAAAUGCUUUAUCAUACCAAACACCAGUGUUAUGUAUAACAUGAACUUAUGUAAGUGAACUGUUUCAUGCCAUCAGCCUGAAAGCAAACAUUUAGACUUAUAUACUAUAUAUUCAAAUAUAUAAUACAUGAAAUUUUUGUACAUUGCUUGCAAAAUGUUAGUGCCAUCAUUCAGAUGUUUCAGAAGACUGCUUUGCUAACUACACUUAGACAUGGAAUCCAGAUCACUUCUUUAACUUGGUUAGUUUUCUCGUUAACACUUUAUUGUAAGGUUCAGUUACAUUAGUUAAUGCAUUGGGUAUCAUGAACUAACAAUUAACAGUAUUGAGUAAAUGUUAAUUUACUGUUGUUUAACAUUUAAUAUACUAUUGUUCAUUGUAAAUUCAUGUUUGUUCAUAAUACAUGUACUAAUGUUCAUUUAUAUAUCUAUCUAAUGCUAAAAAUAUAUUAUUGUACGCAGAAAUGAACAUUUAAUUUAAUGUGCUGAUCAUUGUUAAUUCAUGUUACCUAAUGAUUUAACCAAAUUGAACCUUAUUUUAUAGUGUAACUUUUUCAUUUUUCGUAUGUAUAAUUACUGAGUUUCAAAAGCGAGUACAUGCUAAAACAUGACUAUACUGUUAUAAGUUUUCCAUUGUGUGCCAUUAGGACAGUUCUGAAGCCUUAAAACAAGGAUGAGUCCCUUUAAGCUGUAAGGGUCACAUCCUAAGCACAACCUGCAAACUGAGCAGAACCUGCAGAAUCUGCUGGCUUUGUCUUUCCAUUGAGUCAUUCGGACCUGACGCAGAAUGUUAUUUCAGCAUGAUUUCAGGAGUACAUACAGCUGAUUUGUUUGUACCUGUUUAAGAAGUUUGAAAUCACUUAUCAGUCACUAUUAGAAAUGUGAACUGCAAAAUGAUACAAAACCAAUACAGAUUCAACUGAUUUUGCUCAGUGUGUGGACAGGAAGAAUAACCAGAAUCCAUAACAACCAGAUAGUUUAUCUCGGUUACGUCACUGUGUUUAACAAACAGACAUGAUCAACACUCUUGCAUCCUUGAUGCCUAUACUUUUCAUGCUCAUGAAACAUAAUUUUAUAUUUUGCAUUCAUACGAAAUAAGCUUUGGUAAAUGUAAUAUUAGGGUUGUGCCGAUGAACGAUAUCAUCGUCCAUCGUGAUGGCUGACCGACAUCACGAUGGAGAGACACCAUCGUGAUGCCACGUCCCCUCACGUGCAACCUGUUGGAAAGCCCGGAUGACGAAAUUAUAGUUUUUAAGAAGAAAAAAAAAUUUAUGUAAAGAGAUAUUAAAAUAAAAAGUGCUUAAAAGUGCACAACUCUUCUUAAGUGGAAGAAAGCUACUUUUUCCCCUUACGUGCAACCUAUUGGAAAGCCCGGAUGAGUCAUUAGUUGGGUUAGUAAAAUAACGAAAUUAUAGCUUUUAAGUAGAAAAUAGUAUUUAUGUAAAGAAAUAUAUUAAAAUAAAAAGUGCUUAAAAGUGCACAACUCUUUUUAAGUGGAAGAAAGCUACUUUUUUUCCCCUUACGUGCAACCUAUUGGAAAGCCCGGAUGAGUCAUUAGUUGGGAAAUAAAAUAAAUAAAGUAAUAAAGUAAAAUAACGAAUAAUAAUUAUAUAAUAACGAAAAAUUAAAAUAAUCCCCCCGCCCGACGAUAUCAUCGUCCAUCGCAAUGUUUUACUGUAAACAUCGCCCAACCCUAUGUAAUAUGGAGUUGCAUUUUGUAGUUGCGGUGUAAAGAGGCUUAAUUAUAAUGUUGUUUUAAUUGUAAUGCUCUGCAUAUGCUGUUUCUCACCAUUGCUGCCUAUGGGAAUAGAAAGUAUUCCUGAUGGAUCUAAACAGUCAUUGUGCACUAAGGUGUUCUGAGUGUAAAUCUUUCAUCAUUUUACUUUAUAUCAUUUUAUUUGAUCAUCACUUCAGCGAUAAAACUUUAUGAUAGUUAUCUUAUACACAUUACAGAAAGGGAGAGAUAAGUUACUCAUACAAGAACUUUCUAACUAGCACAUAAUUGUCUCUAAUCAUCAUCUGCACCCCUAACACACACACACACCCCACUAUUUCUGUUUUUUUCUCUCUCUCAGAGCAACUGACCCAAAAUGCCAAAUUUGUCUUUAACCUUGUUCUUUAUUUUGGGAGCAGGAGUGAAACAAUGGUGUUGUGAACGAAUUGAUUACUAAUUAACCAAAAGUGCAUUGUAUGUCUUGUGUCAUUCUGUUUCUUGCUCUACUGGAGACAUAAUCUGCCAAACCUAAGAAGGAAUGCUAAAAAUUUGUUUUGUAUGCACAUGUGGAUCUCUUGGUUGAUGUUUGGGAAUCAUGAGAUAUUUAAAGUGUCAUAAAAGCCAUUUAAAUAGUCCAAGGACUGACUACAGUGUUGCUUUUCACAUUAGUGCAUUAGCUAAUUAUGCUAGCGUGUGCUAACCUUCUGUUUGCAUGCUGAAUGCCACAAUACUGUUGCCCUCUCUGUGUACUCGUACCUCUCUGUCUCUUGGCCCAAUGUGCUACACUGCACUAAAUGCAGGAACGUUGUAGUGCCAAACCAAUGUUGUGUCAUUUUCACCAGAGAGCUUUUCUAACUUUUCCACUGUGCUUCAAAGCCAAACGUUUACCUUUCUGACAAACAUAUAGCAGGAUCUAGAUACACACCGACACGCGCGCACACACUCUAAAUUACUUUCAGCAGUGCAAAUGACACAGGGUCCUUCAAUGUAAAUCACACAAAGUCAAAACUGUAAACAGUUGUUACAUGUUUAAUUUUUUAUUUGUUUUUUACUCUGUAACUGGUGUUGCGAGGCCACUGUGUUUUUAUCGUCUUGUCGUUUGCUAUGCAUCGUGUUUUUUUGUUGUUGUUUUUUUGCUCGAGACUUGUGGCAGGGAGUGUUUUCUCAUGUAGGGAUGCUCAGCACGGUUUACUGCUCAAAGCAUCUUGCAGUUGUGUAUAAGCUUGCACUUAAUAAUUCAUAUUUAUAACUGGUUACCAGAGUCAUAGCAGUUUUUUUUUCUAAAGGGGUUGAAGACAUUGUAAAGAAACAUAAAAUUAUACAUUAAAUGUUUCCCUGAAAAUGUGCAUUAAAAUAAAUAACAAAAAUA